AUGACGGCUAAGAUGGACAACGCUGAUGAUAAGCAAAUAGAAAAUCAUAUUAAACUGUUCACUGGCGCCAUCUUGAGAGAAAAAAGUGGCAAUUUCCCCCGGUUAAAACGGUCCAGGGACGGCUCUGUUUUUUCAUCUACAGAUGGAGCCACCACCAACAGGGGAAAUAAACUACUGCAGCACGCUGAAGGCGUCAAACGAACUUCGCUGCGAAACUAUGAUGGAAGUCAAGAAGGCCACGUAUUUUACAAUGGCUCAGUGCACAAACUUUUGGCGCGGAAUCGCCACAACAUUGAAGACAAUGAAGAUGAGAGCAGCAGUGGCAGCAACGUGGAUCUGCACGAAUUGGUUGACGUUAGACAAAUUCUAGCUCCCAUUGCAUCGCUCGAAGACAUUGCCAAACAUCCGGCGGUCUCAAAAACGUUUCAGAGUAGCGUGUUUCGAGGUCUCGCGCUGCAGGCGGUGCUGAUGAUAGAAAAAGAACAAAAUAACGUAGUGGCAUUUUCAAACGUAUUGGAAGCGUUUUUGGGAGAUUACCCAGGAUCUCUAGCAGAGCGCACUUUGGAGCUUGAAGAAUACGACCACAAUCUCAGUCUGCGAGACAGCUCCACGUCAGGCUACACAACUGCAGAUCAGCCAGAGCCUGUGAAAGCUGAGCAAGAUCUUAGCGACGGUGACCCAUUUUUUGCUCUUCCUCAAUUCAAUCCACACAAUUCCCUGCCAUCGGUUAUAUCUCAGAGAGAAGGGCCUUUGAGCGAAGAAGUAGAAGCUGCGAGGCAAUUGACUCAAAUCGCAUUACAACGAAACCAAGAGUUUAUCCGCAAUUUACAAAAAAUUCGCAAUUGCAUUGUGAAGGCCGAGCGCAUAAAAGAGCGAAUCAACAUGUGGAGUCGAGAAUUCGCUGGCAUUCCAGAGGAAGGUGUGACUGUGCCGAACGCGCUCCAUGUCGUGAAAAGAGGUCUAAUUAGCGCUACUACAAACCGAACUAUGACGGAAGAGGAGCUGGAAGCGGAAGAGGCAGACGAUCUGUUACAGGACAAGCCAGUUUAA